AUGCUGACGUUGUUCCUGGUGGCAGCGGUGGUCGUACUGCUGUUUCUGCUCUACAGGGAGCUCCUAGCCUGGCCUGAAAACUUCCCGCCCGGGCCUUGCCGGCUGCCGGUGUGGGGCAGCUACUGGUGGCUGCUGCUCAGGGACCGCCGCCGCAUCCCCGCGGCGCUGCGCCGGCUAAGCGCCGACUACCGCACCUCCACGCUGGGCCUCUUCCUGGGGCCGUUCCCGGCCGUCUACGUCACAGACGAGGCCUCCAUCCGGCAGCUGCUCUCCAGGCCAGAGUUCCAGGGCCGCCAGUCCAGCGUACUCUCCGAGAUGCGCACCUUCAGCAGGAACCUCGGCGUGUCGUUGGCGAACGAGCCCGCGUGGCGGCACCACCGGCGCUUCUCGCUGAGCCAGCUGCGGCACCUGGGCUUCGGCAGGCGCUUCCAGCCGCUGGAGCUGGAGACGGCCGCGGAGGUCAGCGACCUGCUCGACCUGAUGGCGGGCCGCCGACACGACCAGAGCGUGCGGAGGCCGUGCGACGGCGCCGUGCUGUUCCCCGACGCGACGUACCGCUGCUUCGCCGCCGUCACGUGGUCCAUGUUCGCCGGGACGCGCUCCGGUCGCGCGUCCGACCGCCAGCUCCUCCUGCUGGGCCGCCGCGGCCGGCAGAACGUUCUGGCCACCGACGGCACCGGCAACACCAUCAUACAGACGCCCUGGCUCCGCCACCUGUCGCCGGGCCAGUUUGGGCUCGCUGAUUUUGUCCAAGGACACAAUGCACUCAUCGACUACGUGAAGCAAACUUUUGAUGAACAGUUGGCUACCUACUCGGAAGACCACACGCGUCAUUUCCUUGACGUCUGCAUAAAGGAAAUGAAGAAGGACGCCGCAGACCAAGGCUUACCCUUCAACAUUGAGCAGGUGAUCGCCACGGGGACGGACCUGCUGCUGCCAUCACUGACGGUGACCACCACCGCUCUGGCAGAAACCGUGCGCUGCCUAGUGCUGCACCCAGAGGUGCAGACCAAGGUGCAUCUCGAGAUUGACAGCGUGGUGCGCAGAGGCCGGCUUCCCACGCUGGAUGACCGCCCAAAUCUACCAUAUUUUGAAGCUACCAUCCGUGAAGCGCUCCGCAGGAAGACCGCUGUGCCUCUCAGUGUUGCCCAUGCAUCUACAACAGAGGCAACUCUCAAUGGGUACACUCUCCCAAAGGGCACAAUUCUGCUGCCAGGUCUCGAAGCUUUCCACAUGAAUCCAGAAGUGUGGGGGGAUCCAGAAAACUUCAGACCUGAGAGAUUCCUUGAUGAAACAGGCAAGCUUUUGCCAGACAGGACACUGCCAUUUGGAGGAGGUCGGCGAGAAUGCUUCGGGAAGACCUAUGCUCGCAACAGUUUGUUUCUUUUCCUUGGGGGAAUGCUGCAGUCCUUUACAUUGCAACAGCCACAGAGUGAAAAGCCGCUCACACUUGAUGGCUUGUACAGCAAGAACUUCACAAAUCAAGUUCAGCGUAUCACAUUUUAUUGCACCAGUGCUAACAUUUUAUUGCACCAGUGCUAA